GGUGUAUCUUAAAAAUAAAAUGAAAAAUACAUCAAUAAGAGAGACAAUACGUCUCUUAAUCAAGGGAAGCAGACGUCUCUUGUGGAACAGCUGUCCAAAAAUGAGUGGGGAGGAGCUGUUUGGUGUUUCAACGCUUUCAGCUUCUCUCUCUCCCGAUUCCUCUAUCAAUCGAUUCUGGAACUAUUGCAAUGAUCCAGAAGCAGAUGGGUUGAAGGCAUCACAAGAUGGAGACAGAUAUGGAGAAUUCCGACCAAAGGAAUUCUCAAGAACGAGGAACUCAAAAAGUACAUCUUGGAGACGACGGCAUAUCCAAGAGAGCAUGGAGAGCUCAAGAAGCUACGGUCCACAAGUAUGGCAAUUUGUAAGUCUGGCUAUACAAACUCCCUUCUCCAUGGAAUGCAGAGUUUUCAAUCUCCCAGAGCAGCAGUUUUUGGCAUACGUCACAAACGCAAGAAACUCUGGCCAAAACUCUGUUUCAACAGCGACCGUAUCCAUCACCAAACUCUCAUUUCACGGAAAUCACAAAGAGAGGCGAUGGAAAAGAUGGUCUUGGUGAUGCAGAUUGAGAAAGAGAGAGAGAGAGAGAGAGAGACUUAUUCUUGCCCUGUAUGUUUGCUUUUCUUCAUAUACAUGUAUGACCUUGAGAGUAGUUUGUUUACUGGUCUGGUCUAGUGAAAACACGUAACCAUACUUUAAAUGUGAAUUAGCAUGUAAAUGUUCUCAGUGUUGAAAAUGAUGGUUGAACAAAAGGUAUAUAUGUUUAUUUGCAUGUAAA